AUGGCCUACAGCACCCUUCCACAAGCCGGCGAGGCGUCACCGUCCCUGCCGGGACUGUCGACAAGGCCUUUGUCCGCUGACUUCGAGAGCUUAGUUGGUGAUGUCAACGUUAUUGAUCCCACGAGCAACGACUCCCCCCUCGUCAGCACUCUGCUCAAAUCGAUUACAUCCUCGGCUCCAUCUUACGAAAUGGUAGAGGACGAUGAUUACGAGGACCUGCGGACACCGAGAAGAGAAGACAAUGCACUCCAUAACACCACGACGUCGGAACAGCCUCCUGUCAGGACUGCAUCCGUGAGUCGGAACCUCCCGCUCAACCACCCCAUUCCCGACCUGCAGUCCAUUCAAGGGGCAUAUGUAAGGAAUGUGGAGCGUUUAGAAGAAAGUGCCGAACGUCUGAGCACCACUUCCAGCCUCGAAGACGAGAUUCAACGGCAAAGAUCGCUGGCUCGUCGCUCUUCUGCUGCCAGCAGUCGCUCCAGCCUGCGUGGUGUCCAGCGGCCUCGCAAUAUAUCUUCAACGUCUAUGUCCAAUUCCAUCAUUGGCGUCAACUCAGCUGCACGCACUGGAGGCUAUUCGCCCUCGGCGUAUAUCACCUCGCCUACCGGAUCCAUUCGAUCGAAUCACCCCGUCCAUCGUCACGUCUCGAGGAGUAGCAGGUUAGGUGACAGCAGGCCGCUGGACAUGGUCCUAGAACCCAGCCCGCCCACACCACCUCGCACUGCCGGGUAUGAUGCAGAUCAGUUCCUCGAGCCCCCACUGGCGGAGAUCGCAGAAGACCGCCCACCAUCUGCGGCGUCGGGAGAUACCUUCCAGCAAGCAAAUGCGGCCUUCGCUGACUUCGACGGCGAGCACUAUCAGCAGAACAGGACUUCCUUUGACCAAGAUCUGGCCUAUCGAAGGCAGCUGCCAAUACAACGACCGCCUCGUGCCCGCGACUCACGCAUGUUCAGUGAAGCUCAGCCAGGCGAAUCGAUGAUCUAUUAUCCAGCACCUGUACCCGUCAUGCUCAACCUGCCUACGAAGCUGUCCAAGUCAGACCAUAAAUUGCAACAGCAACGACGCACACAGAUGGUUGCUGGCAUGAAUGAGGAGGCAAGAAAGUCAGCCAUGUGGCUGAACGGAGAGGCGCCGCCCCCCACAGAGGAAAAUCACAAACGUGCUUCGAUUCUCCCGCCUCAGCUAAGAGCAAGCGCUUUCUUCGACCACCAGCCCGGCGUCAGCCCUAACUUGCAGCUGAAGAAUGGUUCCGCGAUCCACACGUUGGAUAGCAUACUGGACGCUGCUGCGUUUGCGCCAGUCAGCGCUUUUACAGAUCAUCCUAUUGUUGGAAAGUUGGGCAACGAAGUCUACGGUCGAGAAAAGAAGCCGAAGAAGCCUACCCCUCAGGUCGAUGCCGAGACGAAAAAGAAGAGGCGAAGUUCUCUCAGCAACAUUCUCAAGAUCAGAAAGUCGAGCAGUAAUCUUGGCAACUUGGAGGGCAGCCGCAUCACGUCAAGGGAAUCAAAGCUGAUGGACCACGAAGCUGGACUGAGCGGAGACGAGCUAGAAGCCGCAGAUCGUUCCAUUGCUCCUGGAGCGGACGAGCUUGCGACACCCAACGCUGAGAGGACGAUGCUCACGGACGAGGAUGACGCGCGGAGUGAGAGCUCCGGAUCAGACCAUGAACCAGGCUUCUCAGGCGCGCCGACGACGUUGCUGGCCGAAUUGCAGCUACGUAAGGCGCAACAAAAGCAGCGCAACCGGACCGCGGCUGAUGCGUUUCCGAACGGCAUGCACUCAACACUGCUGGAGAUGGACGCGGUGCUACAGCUGCAACAACGAUCGCGUAAGCAGAAGCAUGUUACGUUAGCAUGGGAAGACCAUGAGGCAGCGGACAAGGAGAACUUCGAUGACGAGGACGUGCCUCUCGGAAUGCUGAUCUCCGAGAAGGAUCGAGCAAAUCACUUCAGCACAGCGCGUCCCAUAGGUCUGAUGGAGAAAAGGGAGCUGGAGGACAAUGAGCCUCUGAGUCACAGAAGAGCACGACUUCGCGGUGAGCCGGUGCAGGUGCGACAGACUAUGACCCCUCCUCAGUCCGAGCAUGAAGCGGAGGAUACCGACUCGAAACUGAGGCUCAACCUGCCAGGCAUGGCCGAAGGUCAGCUUGAAGAAGAGGAGGGUGAGACCUUGGCGCAGCGACGAGCCAGGAUGCGGGAGGAGAAGGAGAAGGUCUCAGCCGGCAACUUCGCAUCGGACGUUGCUAGUCACCUUGGCCUGGACGCAAUUGGGUCCGAGAUACCGCCGUCGAAGACUCCUGACGCCGAAGAGACGCUCGGGGAGCGGAAGGCUCGUCUGAAGGAGGAAGCAGCCAAGCGUCCGCAGAUCAAGUCCUCCAACAGCAUGGCAGAUCUUCUGCAACGUAACCCUGUUGGCCUACGUGAGAUUCCUGCCAGUCCAUAUCAGGGUUUCAACCGGACAAACACCUUUGGCGCAACAACGAAUAUGACACAACAAAGAGGCUCCUUCGUUCCGUCGGUGCCGGCGCACAUGGCGGCAUUGCCUUACUACAACCAUUCGCCAUAUAUGCAGCCAGGCUUUGGUGUAUCACAAAACAUGAUGUAUACUGGGAUGCCACAGACGGUCAAUCCGAUGGUUGGGAUGAUGCCAGAUCCAAUGGGCCCGCCGUUGACGAACCAGCAGAGAUCUGUGAUUGAUCGUUGGCGGCAGGGCAUAGUUUAG